CAUUUUUAUUCAAAUGAGUUGUACAUACGUUUGCACAUUUAUUACCGUUAUUUCCACAACGGUAAUUUGAAUGCUCUAUUUGACAAUGUAAACUGAGCGUGGUACUCAUAACUGUCCUACUGUACACUGCCUGCAGUUCUGAAAGUGUCGCCAUGACAAAGACUACUUGUUGCUGUCACGGCUGUCUUAGCUGUUUCUUUGAUUAUGAAACACCCAGAACAAUUGUUAUUCAGAGCAAAGGAGUAGGACUUCUCUUCAGAUUCAUAAAUUUUCUGAUCAUUGCUUACGUCUUCGGUUAUGUAUGUUACCUGCAGAAGGGCUACCAGGACACAGACUCUAUAAUCAGCUCGGUCACCACUAAGGUCAAAGGAUAUUCUUUCACCAACUCCUCCAAUUUGGGACCCCACAUUUGGGAUGUGGCUGACUUUGUGAUCCCACCUCAGGGGGAGAAUUCGUUUUUUGUUUUGACUAAUGCGAUUAUUACCCCAAGGCAAACUCAGUCAAGCUGUCCUGAGCUACCGACCACAUCAACAAUUUGCAUAGCUGACUGUGACUGCACUGAGGGUUUCAGUGACCCUCGUGGCAAUGGUAUCCAGACUGGCCUAUGUGUGAACUAUUCAGACACCAUCAAGACCUGUGAGGUGCAAUCUUGGUGUCCACUUGAAUUAGAUGUUAACAUACCUGAGCAAGCACUGCUGGGUGCAGCAGAGAACUUUACAGUACUGAUCAAAAACAGCGUGACAUACCCCAAGUUCAACUUCCACGGAAGAAACAUCAUGUCUGACAUCGUCAACACUUCAUACCUGAAGCGCUGUGAAUUCAAUCGCCAGACAGAUCCUCACUGUCCCAUUUUCCACCUUAAGACCAUGGUCUCAGAGGCCGAAGAAGAGUUUCAGACCAUGGCUGUCAAGGGUGGCGUGCUAGGUAUUCUUAUCGACUGGACCUGUGACCUAGACUGGUGGGGGAAGCCUUGCCGACCUCAAUACACCUUCCGUAGGCUAGACGACAAAAACCCUACCAACAAUGUUGCUCCUGGAUACAACUUCAGGUUUGCAAAAUACUUCUACAACAGUGAUGGUAAGGAAACAAGAACCUUGAUCAAAGCCUAUGGAAUCCGUUUUGAUGUCAUCGUUUUUGGAAAUGCAGGUAAAUUCAGUAUUGUCCCAACCAUCGUGAAUUUGGGCGCAGCGCUGUCGUUCCUCUCUUUGACAGGUGCAGUUUGUGACUGGGUUCUGGUGACAUGUACAAGGAGAAGGCAUUACUACCUUAAACACAAAACCACAGUUCUUGAUGAUAGCGAUGACACAACUGAAUCUCUGUCUAUGGGAACCACUUACGGAACACACUAAAGCAAAGAGAUGUACUCCUCGUUUAAAUGUACAAACAGCUGUGAUGUCAUAGGUGGG